AUGGAGUUAGCACAGCUAGGUCUUUUGGCAUCUGGCUCAGUGGUGGGCCCAGCCAGAGCGGCCUCAGGACCCAGGCAGGCCCGGGAGGCCUCGCCGCUUGUGUCCUGUCGAACUAACAAGUUCCGGAAAAACAACUACAAAUGGGUGGCCGCCUCCGCGAAGAGUCCUCGGGCUGCUCCGAGGGCGCCCAGUCCCAGACUGGCUGCGGAGAAUGUGUGCAAGGCUGCAGCUGGCACGGCAGGCAAGGUGGAGAAGCCACAACUCAGAGCCGACCCAGAGCUCAAGCCCAGGAAACCAGCCACGUCCUCCCAGCCAGGGUCUGCUCCCAGCAAGUACAAGUGGAAGGCAUCCAGCCCCUCUGCCUCCUCCUCUUCCUCCUUCCGUUGGCAGUCGGAGGCCAGCAGCAAGGAACGUGCCUCCCAGCUCUCCCCGCAGUCGUCUAGGUCCCCGUCGGGGGACAGACCAGCAGUAGGACCCAGUGGCUUGAAGCCCCUCUCUGGGGAGACCUCACUCUCAGCUUACAAGGUGAAGAGCCGCACCAAGAUCAUCCGGAGGCGGGGGGGGGGGGGGGGGGGGGGGGGGGGGGGAGUACAAGCCUUCCUGGAGACAAGAAGCAGCCCUUCCCAUGCCACCACCGCCAAGAGCCACCUCAGCCUCCGGGGGAGACAGGCCCUCCGGGGGAAGAGCAGUCCUGUCCUGAAGGAGACCCCCAACAAAGGCCUGGUACAGGUCAUCACACACCGGCUGUGCUGCCUGCCCCUGAGCCGGGCCCACCUCCCCACCAAGGAAGCAUCCAGCCUGCAUGCCCUGCGGACUCCACCCACUAGCAAGGUGAUCAAGACCCGCUACCACAUCGCAUUGUCAAGAAGAUCCCAGCCUUAUCUCUCGGCGCCCCGCCCUUCCCCCCAGUCUCUGCCCUCCUGGCGGGCCUGGCAGCUCUCACUGUCCAGGUCCCUGGUGCUGAACCGCCUGCGUCCAGUUGCCAGUGGGGGUGGAAAAGCCCAACCAGGCUCGCCUUGGUGGCGGAGCAAAGGCUACCGCUGCAUCGGAGGGGUCCUCUACAAAGUGUCUGCCAGCAAGCUCUGCAAGACCUCCGGCCAGCCUGGUGAUGCCGGCAGCAGGCCCCUCAUCCGCACAGGCCACCUGGACCCUGCAGGCAGCUGUAGCCAUUCCCUGGCCAGCCGGGCAGUGCAGCGCAGCCUAGCCAUCAUUCAUCAGGCGUGGCAGCAGCGGAAGAGGAAGGAGUUCUGCAUGAACUACAACCGCUUCGGCAGGUGCAACCGCGGCGAGCGCUGCCCCUACAUCCACGACCCUGAGAAGGUGGCCAUGUGCACCAGGUUUGUCCUGGGCACCUGCAAGAAGACGGAUGGGACCUGCCUCUUCUCCCACCAUGUGUCUAAGAAGACGCCAGUGUGCUUGUACUUUCUGAAGGGCAUCUGCAGCAAUAGCAACUGUCCCUGCAGCCACGUGUAUAUGUCCCGCAAGGCCGAGGUCUGCAGCGACUUUCUCAAAGGCUACUGCCCCCUGGGUGCAAAGAAGAAACACACACUGCUGUGCUCUGACUUCGCCCGCAGGGGGUCAUGUCCCCGGGGCACCCAGUGCCAGCUGCUCCACCGCACCCAGAAACGCCACAGUUGGUGGGCAGCCACAUCCCCCGCCCCAGGACCCAGCCACACUGCUGCCAGCAGCAGAGCCUCGGCCAGCCAGGGGCCCAGGAAGCCCUUGGCAGCCCAGCACCCCACCAGGCAGACGCCCAGCUCUCCUGCCCUCACUGUGGCUGCCCUGGCUGCGCCUCCCCACUCCCCAGGGGUGUCAGCCUCUCCCGCAUCCUCCAAGGCUUCCUCCUCCUCUUCUCCUACCUCCUCUUCCUCCUCCCCCUCCUCCCUGUCCCCUCUCAAUUCCUUGGACCAGGAGGCUGCCUCAGCAGUGGUGCGCUCCAGCAGGCUCUGCAGGCUGCCUUCCUUCAUCUCCCUGCAGUCCUCGCUGAGCCCAGGAGGCCAGCCCAGGGCCUGGGCUCCCAGGGCCCCGACCAAGGACUCAGGGAAGCCUCUGCACAUCAAGCCACGUUUGUGA